AUGGGCGAACUAAUGGUGCGGCGGCGGUGGCGCGACGAGGGUUUCGUUGGCAACCACUACAAGAAAUGUGGGUUUUUCCGGCGGCAUUUUCCCGACGGCCUACGACCCCUCGGUAAUGCUGUGGUAGCAUCUGCCACGGUAUUUUCUCUCCAGAAUCAUUGUAGUUACACAGUUUGGCAGGGGACGCUUUUCGGCAACGGCGCCGGCAUUCUCGGUUCUGGCGGUUUUGCCCUGCAGCCCGGUUCGUCGGUCCACCUCACAGCUCCGUCCGGUUGGUCAGGCCGCUUCUGGGCUCGGACUGGAUGCACCUUUGACGACUCCGGCGCCGGAAAAUGCGCCACCGAAGACUGUGCAGGGGGACUUAAAUGCAUCGGCGGAGGAGUCCCGCCGGUGACGCUGGUGGAGUUCAAGAUCGGAAGCUCCGACAACGGUAACAAGGACUUCUACGAUUAUGGAAUGCCUGCUGGAGUGAUGAGAAGGGGCGAGAGAAGGCACCACGGAGGAAGCCAUGGAAGCUUUGGAGAUCCUGCAGGAAGCACUGAAGGAGAAGAGGUUCUUUGA